CCGGGCCGGGGCGCGGGCGGCGCCGGCGCUGAGGGAGGAGGCAGCGAGCGAGGAAGGGGGCGGCGGGGCAGGCCGGGCGAGGGGCUGCGGCUGCUGACGCUCUUAUCUCCUUCAGCGGCGGCGGCUCGCUCGGCGCUGAGAAGAUGGAUUCCGGAGCCCGCCCGGGCGGCGCGCCGGGGCAGCCGCGCGAGUACAAGCUCGUGAUGUUGGGCGCCGGGGGCGUCGGCAAGAGUGCCAUGACCAUGCAGUUUAUCAGUCACCGGUUUCCAGAGGAUCAUGAUCCCACAAUUGAGGAUGCUUAUAAAAUACGGAUACGCAUUGAUGAUGAACCUGCCAACCUGGAUAUCUUGGACACAGCAGGACAGGCAGAGUUUACAGCCAUGAGAGACCAGUACAUGAGGGCUGGCGAGGGCUUUAUCAUCUGUUACUCAAUCACAGACCGGCGCAGUUUCCACGAAGUGCGUGAGUUCAAACAGCUCAUCUAUCGUGUGCGUCGCACCGAUGACACUCCCGUGGUGCUGGUGGGAAAUAAAUCUGAUCUGACACAGCUUCGGCAGGUCUCCAAAGAAGAAGGUUUGGCUUUAGCACGAGAGUUCAACUGCCCGUUUUUUGAAACCUCCGCUGCAUUCCGCUAUUACAUCGACGACGUGUUUCACGCCCUGGUGAGAGAGAUCCGCAGGAAGGAGAAGGAAGCGGUGAUGGCAAUGGAAAAAAAAUCCAAACCUAAAAACAGCAUGUGGAAAAGACUGAAGUCGCCUUUUAGAAGGAAGAAGGAUUCAGUCACCUGAACAGAGAGAAUUCCUCUGUAAAACAACACGUGCCAACAGCCGUUUGUAACCAAAGCGGUUUAGUGACAACGUUUUGACAGGGUGUUAGAAAGCUGAUGGGACUUUUACAAGGGAAUGCAGAACUGCUACCAAUUAUUUUUAUUUAGAAUGAUAUUCCCUUCAUUUGGGAUAUUUAACUGAAGAUACAGUAACAGUUGUACUUUUGUUUGUUGUCAUUUUUUUACUUUGUCCAGCAAAUACCGCUUGUAUGUCAGUGGUUACAAAUGUUGAUAGGUUGAUGUCCCUGCACUUUUGAAUGUUUGUCUUUGGUCACUGUGUACUGGGAACUGAAUUGUGUAAAAUAUGGCUGAAGUUCUUCUACCCAACCUAACUUAAUUAUUUUUUCCUGGUUGUUUGCACAAGAAAAUGUUGCUGUUCUCUGGAACAGUAAAACCCAUCACGAGAGGUGACAUGUUGAGAUUGUGCUGAAGAGUAGUUGACAAGCUGUCACGACCAGCAGCCUUGGCUGCCUAUCAUUGAAUGGAGCUGUGCUGGAGUUCUUGUGUUCUCAUGGAAUAGAUUUUCUUCCAGCAAAAUUAAUGUGGAAUAUUGUACACAUUUCUCUAAAUUAGCAGUUAAUCAGCAGUGUUGUAGGUGGGAUUCUAAACAAGUCAGAACAGCAAAUGAUGGUUCCUGUGGCAGCAGUAACUUGGCAACAGGGCGUGAAUAUGUAGCAUUUUCCUACUGUAUAGAACAUUUACUAUGUUGCCACAGCAUGUGUAAUAUAGUGAUGCUGUAGAAACCACAGCUUUGAAUAUUCUGACUUGCUUGUUAAAAUCCUGGCUGUAAUGGUGAGCUGGCUUGUUUCUUUACAUUCAGUUUCAUGUUCUUGUCUUAGAGGAGCCAGUAUCUUUGUUCAGUAGAAGUCUCUGACACAGUGAUUUCAGAUUCUUCUGUGAUAACUACUUUGUAGAGAAAAUGACUGAUACUGAGGUAUCUGGGCCCAGAAUUAAUAUCCCCAGUACUGGUAAGAUCCUUCCAGUGCAGUCUUAGAAUUGUUGGUUUGGUUGUGCAGGUGGUCCAGGCAGUGCAGGUCUGGUGUUCCUCUUGAUUCUGUUACUUAAUAGGUAACUCAAACAUUGUUAGAACAAGUUUCUUGGAGAACUAAGUGCCUGGAGUCUUUCAGUUGAAGAGUAAAAGAGCUUAACAGACUAAGUGCAGUGUAGCUUCUGUUACUUUUCAAUCAUCUGCAUCAGUAACUAUGUUGAUUUUCCUGAUCAAAGAUCAGAUCUUGGUGUGCUGCAUGUGAUAGUGCAGGCAAAGCUGAGCAUUGACAUGGAAGAGGGUUAGUACAAGAAGCUGGGACAGCAAAUAUAUAAACAUAAGCUUUUCUUCUUACUAAAUUCCUUAUUGCUUAAGAUUUGUCUGGAAAUUCUGUGCUUGUUGAUCUUAAGAGUAUUUCCUUUGUGUAAGAUUUAAAAACACAGUAAGAAAUUUGGGGGGGAGGUUACAUUUUUAAUUUUGUGACUGAGAUAAACAUUUAAAUUGGUUUCUGUUUCUUAGUUCCUUCCAGUGCUCCAGUGUUAGGGCUGCACUGGCAAUAACCACAGGGAUGUUGGAAAAAAGCUGAGAAUAAUUCAGAGGGUUGAUAAUGUUAGACCUCUUUGAUGGUGGCUGUGGGAGCAUCUUGUCAGUAGGUAGUUCAGGAUUGAACAUUCUUGGUUGGAUUAAUUCCCUAUAACUCCAAAAAAAAGAAGUCCUAGGAAAACCAUCUAGCAGCAGAUGCGAGGAGAAGGUCAGAAGUUUCUCAAAAGCCGUCGCUGAGUCCGUCAUUGUAACCGUUCUUCCAGAGCAGCUUUCUGGGCAUGUUGUGCAGGGCCCUGAAGGUGAUUACAAGUUUCCCCAGUGCUUUUCCUUGAUCUAUUAAAAGAAAAUGCUAGUCUGCUGCCUACACUCAGAGUUGUCAGAUAAUAUGUCAAGAUAACCUGUCAGCAAGCCUGAAAGCUGAAUGGGACUAUUACCACUUUUAAGUGACUGAUGUCUGUGCCUUACAUGGUUCCUUCAAUGCAACUUCAGUGUUUACUAAUUCCUUUUGUGAGCCUGUUGCUUAUAGAAUGAUGACAUCAGAACAGCAGCAAGCACUUUUUUUUUUACACAGUGUUAUUCAAAAAGAGUUUUAUUUUUGUCAUGUAUAAAUUUGUACAUAGAAUGAUUGUUUUAUUGGACACAAUAUAUAAUUUUUAAUACA